GACUGCCCACCAGAAGCAGGUGAUUUUCGUGCUCAGCAGUGCUCUGCUCACAAUGACGUCAAGUACCAAGGACAGUUUUACGAGUGGCUUCCCGUCUCUAACGACGCAGACAACCCAUGCUCACUGAAGUGCCAGGCCAGAGGAACGGCUCUGAUUGUAGAGCUAGCACCAAAGGUUCUGGAUGGGACACGAUGCUAUACAGAAUCCUUGGACAUGUGCAUCAGUGGCUUGUGCCAAAUCGUUGGCUGUGACCGCCAGCUGGGAAGCACUGUCAAGGAAGAUAACUGUGGGGUCUGCAAUGGCGAUGGGUCCACCUGCCGGCUGGUUCGAGGCCAGUAUAAGUCCCAGCUCUCAGCAAAUAAAUGUAAGCUGUCCCUUCUG